CAAGUUUGGUUUUCCCGUAUCAGUUUAAAAGAACUACACAUUACUUAGUAUGUGGCUGUGGUGUGUAGUGUACAGAUUGUGGAGGUCGAGACACAACACAUACUCACACAGGACCCGAUGGAAAAUACGAUCAUCGUAUUGAAGGUGGAACCCGUUAUUACCAAUGAAGCUGUUUUAAGUACUGGCGUUGUCGAGUCCCAAAAUGAGGCUGUUGCAAUUACUGGUAUUUCCACUUCCGGGAAGGCGGUCGACUCACAUACUGACAUAAUUAGCAGAAACAGUGAUAAUGAGUCGGAUACAUCCAACAGUAAGGUUGUUCCAUCCGCUGAUCACAACAUAACAGAUAAGGAGUCGGAUACAUCCAACAGUAAGGCUGUUCCAUCCGCUGAUCACAGUGAUAAUGAGUCGGAUACAUCCAACAGUAAGGCUGUUCCAUCCGCUGAUCACAACAUAACAGAUAAGGAGUCGGAUACAUCCAACAGUAAGGCUGUUCCAUCCGCUGAUCACAGUGAUAAUGAGUCGGAUACAUCCAACAGUAAGGCUGUUCCAUCCGCUGAUCACAACAUAACAGAUAAUGAGCCCGAUACAUCCAACAGUAAGGCUGUUCCAUCCGCUGAUCACAGUGAUAAUGAGUCGGAUACAUCCAACAGUAAGGCUGUUCCAUCCGCUGAUCACAACAUAACAGAUAAGGAGUCGGAUACAUCCAACAGUAAGGUUGUUCCAUCCGCUGAUCACAACAUAACAGAUAAGGAGUCGGAUACAUCCAACAGUAAGGCUGUUCCAUCCGCUGAUCACAGUGAUAAUGAGUCGGAUACAUCCAACAGUAAGGCUGUUCCAUCCGCUGAUCACAACAUAACAGAUAAUGAGUCCGAUACAUCCAACAGUAAGGCUGUUCCAUCCGCUGAUCACAACAUAACAGAUAAGGAGUCGGAUACAUCCAACAGUAAGGCUGUUCCAUCCGCUGAUCACAACAUAACAGAUAAGGAGUCGGAUACAUCCAACAGUAAGGCUGUUCCAUCCGCUGAUCACAACAUAACAGAUAAGGAGUCGGAUACAUCCAACAGUAAGGCUGUUCCAUCCGCUGAUCACAACAUAACAGAUAAGGAGUCGGAUACAUCCAACAGUAAGGCUGUUCCAUCUACUGAUCACAGUGAUAAUGAGUCGGAUACAUCCAACAGUAAGGUUGUUCCAUCCGCUGAUCACAACAUAACAGAUAAGGAGUCGGAUACAUCCAACAGUAAGGCUGUUCCAUCCGCUGAUCACAGUGAUAAUGAGUCCGAUACAUCCAACAGUAAGGCUGUUCCAUCCGCUGAUCACAACAUAACAGAUAAGGAGUCGGAUACAUCCAACAGUAAGGCUGUUCCAUCCGCUGAUCACAACAUAACAGAUAAUGAGUCCGAUACAUCCAACAGUAAGGCUGUUCCAUCCGCUGAUCACAACAUAACAGAUAAUGAGUCCGAUACAUCCAACAGUAAGGUUGUUCCAUCCGCUGAUCACAACAUAACAGAUAAGGAGUCGGAUACAUCCAACAGUAAGGCUGUUCCAUCCGCUGAUCACAACAUAACAGAUAAGGAGUCGGAUACAUCCAACAGUAAGGCUGUUCCAUCCGCUGAUCACAACAUAACAGAUAAGGAGUCGGAUACAUCCAACAGUAAGGCUGUUCCAUCCGCUGAUCACAACAUAACAGAUAAUGAGUCCGAUACAUCCAACAGUAAGGCUGUUCCAUCCGCUGAUCACAACAUAACAGAUAAGGAGUCGGAUACAUCCAACAGUAAGGCUGUUCCAUCCGCUGAUCACAACAUAACAGAUAAGGAGUCGGAUACAUCCAACAGUAAGGCUGUUCCAUCCGCUGAUCACAACAUAACAGAUAAGGAGUCGGAUACAUCCAACAGUAAGGCUGUUCCAUCUACUGAUCACAGUGAUAAUGAGUCGGAUACAUCCAACAGUAAGGUUGUUCCAUCCGCUGAUCACAGUGAUAAUGAGUCGGAUACAUCCAACAGUAAGGUUGUUCCAUCCGCUGAUCACAGUGAUAAUGAGUCCGAUACAUCCAACAGUAAGGCUGUUCCAUCCGCUGAUCACAACAUAACAGAUAAGGAGUCGGAUACAUCCAACAGUAAGGCUGUUCCAUCCGCUGAUCACAGUGAUAAUGAGUCGGAUACAUCCAACAGUAAGGCUGUUCCAUCCGCUGAUCACAACAUAACAGAUAAUGAGUCCGAUACAUCCAACAGUAAGGUUGUUCCAUCCGCUGAUCACAGUGAUAAUGAGUCGGAUACAUCCAACAGUAAGGUUGUUCCAUCCGCUGAUCACAGUGAUAAUGAGUCGGAUACAUCCAACAGCAAGGUUGUUCCAUCUACUGAUCACAAUAUAAAAGAAAACGAUUCAGUUAGGUCUGACAGGAAGGCUGUUCCAUCCACUGAUCACAUCAUAAAAGAAAACGAUUCAGUUAGGUCUGACAGGAAGGCUGUUCCAUCCACUGAUCACAUCAUAAAAGAAAACGAUUCAGUUAGGUCUAUCAGGGAGGCUGUUCUAUCUACUGAUCACAGUGUCAGCAAUAAAACUUCAGCGUCCCUGUCUAUUGGUGUCACGGGUAGCGCGUACUCACGAAGGCCUGACAUGAUCCUGUUCAUCGUCAUUAACACACAAAAUAACAAAUACGUGUCCACUUUAGUUCCAUAUAAGCAGUCCAAACAACUGUCAAUAAUUGGGGACAUGUGCGAGAUGGCUAUCCAUGCAUAUGGUUUACAGGGACACAACCAUGCAAUGGAUUGGUACAGGGUCCUAUCACACAGUCACCUCGCCACUGGGAUGAACAGUUCUUUGGAGCAGAUCACAGAUUCGCCAGGAGGGAAGAUAUCACACAUCCAGAUGCCAGCUCUCGUGACCAGUUGUAUCCCAAACUGUCUUCCUUUUCAUACAAAGAAAACUACGCCAGUCGAUGCAAUCCAAGACAAUUGGAGAGAAGGUCAGUACACACUAACUACGCUGUAUCGGACAAGUGGAGUGAUGUUUAUACAGCAGGUGUCAGACGGGACUACAUCCAUACAUAUACACAAACACGGCCACGUAGUCAUUCCCUUCCCUCUCCCUUCCGCCAACGACUUCGAGGUCCACCUUAUGGAAGGCUCACAGCAAUUCGGAUAUAUGUUAACCGGUUGUUUACCAACAGAAAAUUUGUCCUUCAGAACCAAAAUGGUGCGAAACAGAUGUCUUUGAGCUCUACGGGAAAUGUUUUGGUUAUCUGCGCAACAAACUUCCCAGAUUCCAUCGUCUACCGUACUUGUAUCGAAAUAAAUCACCCGAGUACUUCAGUGACAUAUUAAAUAAUA